AUGCUACGGUCCUUUAGUGUGACGAUACCGAAAUUUGAAGUCAGUGGUGCAUCGGGGUCAUGUCCUUCUUCCAAUUCUCCGUCGGGCUUUAAACGGUUCCGCCAGCAUGUGAAUCCACUCUCGAUGGUCUAUCGCCAGCCCGUUGAGAUUCCAAAUUGGACGCAAUGUUUUGCUGAUACAUCGCUACCCAUUCACCUAGACAUUGGUUGUGCUCGGGGCAAAUACCUCAUGGAUGUGGCGAUGUCACAAGCUACUGAACGAAAUUUUGUUGGUGUGGAGAUUCGUCGCAAUGUGUUGCAGGAGGCAGAGCGAGAAGCGGAACAAAGAGGGCUCAAGAAUUUGGCAUUUGUGCAUGCAAACAUGAACAUUCAUCAGAUAAAACUGUUGCAGUCUCUACCUGCGCCUGUAACGAGUGUGUCUAUCUUUCACCCAGACCCGUGGAUGAAGAAGCGUCACAUCAAGCGACGACUGGUGACCCAAGAGUUUGUGGAAGAAAUGGCCAGACAAUUGGCGAAUGGUACACCGAUAUUUGUGCAGACAGAUGUGGAGGAAUUGUUUGCGUACAUGGUGGAGAUCUUUGAGAUGUCGAGACUCUAUGACUUUGCUGCACAUUAUGAGAAUCCACUGGGAAUCCCUACAGACCGAGAAAAGUUUGUUUCUAAGGAAGGAGGAGACAUCUUUCGGGUCAAAUUUAUUGUGGAUAAGCCUGCAAAGGAGGCAGAAAGGAAUGUGCAUACGAAACAGCGCCUUUUGAAGCAAAGUGAAAUGGAACGCAUUGCAGUGCUGCAUCGUGGUUUUAAAUGUAGUUAA